GCCACUCCAGAAUGAUAAUGUCUGGUAAUGCUGCUGGCUUUCUGCUCAGCCCUGCGAACUGGCUGCUUCGGAGGGUGCUGUGGGGACUGAUGCUGAUCUUGUCUGUAGCCAUAUAUGGCUCUCAUGCUCCCCUCCUAAACCUCUGUAAGGUGGAUGGGAAGAUCCCCUUCAGCUCCUCAUCUGUUGUGGUUCUUAUUGAACUGACGAAGUUGGUGUUCUCCCUCCUGUUUUUGCUGAUCUGGGACCGAAAGCUGUUGGGAGGCUCUGUGUCAUGGUAUCAUGUUGCCCCCUUUGGCCUCUCUGCCCUGCUCUAUGCUGCAAACAACAACCUGGUGGUUCACAUGCAGCUCUUCAUGGAUCCCAGCACCUACCAGGUCCUGAGUAACUUAAAGAUCGUCAGCACGGCACUCCUCUACAGCUUCUUUCUGCGCCAAAGGCUCUGCAUGCGCAAGUGGCUGGCUCUCUUCCUGCUGACGGCUGCUGGGGUGAGCUACAGCUGUGGAGGCCUGCAGGACCCGCAUGACCCUGGCAACCCCUCCAAGAUGCAGCUGCACAUCACACUGGUGGGCUUGCUGUUGAUCUCAGUGUACUGCCUCAUAUCAGGCUUGUCUGCUGUAUACACAGAAGCUAUCCUGAAAGCCCAGGCUCUACCUCUCAGCCUCCAGAACCUCUUCCUUUACUUCUUUGGGGUUCUGCUCAAUGUGACUGGCCACUUCUGGAGCAGCACAGAGGGAGGUUUCCUGGAGGGCUUCUCCUCCUGGGUGCUGGUCAUCGUGGUCAGCCAGGCUUUGAAUGGUUUGAUCAUGUCUGUGGUCAUGAAGCACAGCAGUAACAUCACCAGGCUCUUUGUGAUUUCCUGCUCCAUCCUUGUUAACGCCUUCCUGUCCGUCACCCUCUUUGACCUACAGCUCACCCUCUUCUUCUUCGUCGCUGUUGCAAGUAUUGGCCUUGCUGUUCACUUAUACUAUGGGAUCACAUAGCUACUGCCUUCCUGCCCUGCAUGCAGUACCAGGGCAGCCAUUACUUAGGGGUGUCAUUGCUGUAUCGGGGCUGGCUUAUAUAAGAAGCAUAGCACUGCUCGGACCAUCAGCCUUCCUGCCCUUCUUUAUGUGCAAAGAGGCAGAGCAGCUGAAUGCGAGUUGUUACUGAGCAGGAGCAAGUGCACGUGAGGGCUUUGGUUAGUGCAUGCAAGACUAGCAAGGACUCCAGGAGAUGGCGUGCUGGGACGGGGGUGCCCUAUCGCUGUUUCCAAAGGACUGGAGCUGAAAAUGCUGGUUUGGCACCUUCCUUCUGUGCCCUGCUCUUUGCAGGACCGAGUCCAAAUCCUCCCACUCCUGGAGCUGACAAAGUUCCAUUAAGAAAAAAUGGGCUAGGACCUCUCUGCCCCUAUUUUAGCAGUGUAAUGUGUGUACAAAGCAGCAUUGGCCCCUUUUUCAGAGUGCCCCUGCUUGGGAGAGCUGGACCGUGCUCCAGCCUGGCCAGCUUCCUGGCCAGCCAGGCUCCAAGUGCCUUUGGGAAGAGGGAACGCUCCAUGUCCUGGGAUUCUUGCACCACUGGAUGGGCCCAGCCUCUGCAAUGGAGCCUGGUGCAGAGCGUACUGCAUUGUCCAGCUGCUUCUGCCCAUCUUCUACACACCAAAGAACACACUCUCUCCUGUGCCAACAAGCACUGCUGGCUCAAAGAUUCCCCUGCAGCGGUUAGCUCUGGUGUGCUGUAGGCUCACAUGUACACUUACCGAGCCCUGCUGCACAAUCUGCCAGGCCAGCGUUGCUCUGGUGCCAUUUUUAUUCCUGUAACACUGUGGGACAGUGCUUUCCUGUGGCUGGAGCCAUGUCCACCCCAAGUGCCCAGCUGAUCCCCAGCCCUCAUCUCUAGGGGAGCCUGGCACUGAAGUCCUUGGGUAGGAGGUGCCCUGCGCUGAUCCUUGCCACUUCUGAGGACCCAGAAAUGUGAGGAAGAGAGUUUUCUCCUUCUGGGCUUUUAAGGUUAAUGGUGCUCUGCAUAGAGCUGCGUGCUGCUCUGGAGAGUCUCAUGGCACAGCCUGGAGUCUCUCCCUCCACCUCUUCUCAGCAUUUUUUCCAGCCUGUCUUUCACCCCGGUUCCUGGCCAAAGGGCUUUUGCCCUUGGGGCUUGUUUGCCGUUCCUGGGUACAGUGUGGCUGCCCUCCGCCACUGCCUUAUACUGAGCAGAUGGGGAAUAUGAGGGUGCAUGGACUGUUUUGCCCACUCCCCACAGGGGAGAUGGCACCUGGAUUUUCAUGAACACUGCUGCUGGUGAGUUCCUGGCAGGCAGAAGUCGGUGCUGGCUCUGCUGGGAUUAUUAAAGUUGCUGUUCAACAGCA